CCAACAUGUCGGGACGCCGGGUCUGCAGGAAGUUGGGGACGCUCGUUUCCGAGAUGAGUGCAUCACAACUAGCUGGCAACGGAUGAACAUGUGGAUAUCCAAACGCGCCUUUGUUGUGUUCUCGGCAUUCUACCCCGGUUCUACGUUUAUGAGUGCGGGGAUUUGUAUCGCUCAGAUGCUCCAACAAUCCGUCUUCACAGUGGUUGCGUCCUGAAAGCAUAUCCCUCCGCAUUCACUCCAUCGUCAUUCUCUACUCAGUUAUUUCCACGCGCAAGCAAACGACGAGAUGGCUGUGCCCAAGACGAUAAUUAUUGGCGGAGGAGUGGCUGGAAUUUCCAUGGCCCAUACCCUAAAGUGGAAGCUUGGUUACACGGAUUUUCAAAUAUACGACAAGCGGGAAGGACUCGGGGGUACUUGGCGAGCCAACACAUAUCCAGGGUGUGGCUCCGACGUGCCCAUCCACCUGUAUUCGUUCAGCUUCAACCUCAACCCGGACUGGACACAGGCACUGGCUGAUCAGGAGGAGAUUCUUAAAUAUGUCGAAUCGACCGUGGACAAGUUCCAAUUACGAUCACACUUCCACUUCAACUCGGAAUGUCUCGGCGCGAAAUGGGUCGACGGCCAGUGGCAUGUUGCAUUCGUCAACCGUAUUACCGGCGAAAAGUUCACCGAGACAUGUACGAUAUUGAUCUCCGCCGUGGGCGGUUUCUCGCAACCCAGAGAUGUCAAGUUCCCCGGCAUGGACCGAUUCAAGGGCAGAAUAUUUCAUACGGCCGCUUGGGACCACUCGUUUGACUGGACUAAUAAAAGAGUCGCCGUUAUUGGCAACGGCUGCAGUGCGGCCCAGGUCGUGCCAUCCAUUGCGCCAGGCGUCAAGAAAUUGACCCAGUACGCCCGAGGCGCGCAGUGGUACCACGAGCGGCCCAACAAGCCCUACUCGACCUUCGACAAGUUUUGCUUCCGCUACAUACCUCUGUGGCAACGCUACUACCGGCUCGAUACCUUCCUCAAGACCGACCAGCUUGCCGCCGUCUAUGGCCCAGAAGAAAAGCAGGUAAAGCAGAGGUUGGCCACAGAAGAAGAAGCGAGGCAAUACAUCUACCGAGAGGCUCCUGAGAAGUACCAUAGUUUUAUUGUUCCAGACUUUCCACUGGGUUGCAAGAGGAGAAUCUACGACCCAGGUUAUCUCGCAUCCCUGCACCGCGACAACGUCGAACUGCUCCCAGAAGGUCUCCAAGGCUUCACGGAGACGGGUCUUAUCAGCGAGAAAGGCAAGAAGGAAGAUUUCGAUGCUGUAAUCCUGGCCACGGGCUUUGAUGUGCAAUCGUUCCUCGCUCCGAUGAAAGUCAUCGGCAAGACGGGCGAGAGCCUCCAAGACCAGUGGGACAAGCGCCGAGGCGCCCAAGCGUACAUGGGCACCUUCGUGCGCAACCUUCCCAACUUCGCCAUCUUAUUUGGGCCAAAUACGUUCCCAGCAUUUAACUCCGUCAUCUACGCCGUGGAAGUCCAAGUCGCUUACGUCGCGUCCACAUUGAUCAAACCAGUCCUGGAUGGAUACGCGGACGUUAUCGAGGUCAAGGAGGAGGCAGAGGAGAAGUUCGUCCAGGAUCUAGAUGGGGUCUUAGAGGAGACGGUCUUCUCUGCGGGCUGCAGCAACUGGUACAUCAACAAUGCCGGCCGCAACUCGGCCGCAUGGCCCGGGCUGGCUUGGACCUUCUGGAGGGCCACAAUGUUUCCCAAGUGGGCGGAUUUCACCAUGACGGGCGGUUCGAGCCUUUGGGUCUUCCGUAGAGCCUGGAGGAAUCUCGCAACCACGCCCCCGGCGGUCUGGCUCCUUCUUCUCGGCGUGGCCGCCCGGGCGACUCAUAAUGGUCCCAUGUCAGUUCCCCAGUAUGCGACGGCGUUUAUUGGUCGGUUGAAAGCAUGAUGUAUUUUUAUCGGAGUUUUGGAUCGAGGCUUACGCACCUGUGUAAAUCACAUACAUGGCUUUAUACCUAUCACUGAACAUUUGAGCUCUCUUGUAUUUCUGUCCCGAAACCUCAUUUUGACUUUUUACCUGGCCCAAUGUUGAUGUUGAUUGACGAAGCCCUGGGCGUCCCAAGCGAAGCUUAGAUUCAUUGCACCUCUGCAUUCUUCAACUCCUGGUACUUUGACGAUGUUCAGAAGACAAAAACGUUCGUUGCCAAGCUUCCUAUAUACAGGCGUUGACAGAACCAGGCAGCUGCAGAUGGCUGGGCUUGAGAAAACCAGAUAACAAGGACG